GAUUAUGUACACUGAGAGCUCUUGAAAACAUUUAUCACUCUAAGUAUUAGUAUUGUUUCAUCUACUAAUUGUUCACUCUUCUCCCACAAAUCACACACACACACACACACAAAAUGAAUCGCUGGAUCAGCUUCUUGAUCCCAGUGAUAGCAUUACUCUGGAUGAGUAUGGCAGUGACUGGUGAUCACCAGUCAUCAACAGAGGGAAAGAGAUGGGCUUUGCUGGUUGCUGGUUCUUAUGGGUACGGCAACUACAGGCACCAAGCUGAUGUUUGCCAUGCCUACCAGAUUCUGAAGAAAGGUGGUCUUCCAGAUGAAAACAUCAUUGUUUUCAUGUAUGAUGACAUUGCCAACAAUAAAGAAAACAAAUGGCCUGGCAAAAUAUUUAACAAACGAAAUGGUCCAAAUGUUUAUGAAGGGGUUCCCAAGGAUUAUACUGGAGACGCGGUGAGUGUAAAAAACUUCUUCGCUGUGCUUAGUGGCAACAAAAGUGCUACCACCGGAGGUAGUGGGAAGGUUUUGGACAGUGGUCCAGACGACAUCGUUUUCAUUUACUACACGGACCACGGCAAUACCGGCAUAAUAGGCAUGCUAGAUGAUAUGAUUACAGCCGACGAGCUUGUAGAUGCGUUGAAGAAGAAACAUGCCGCAAAUUCAUAUAAAAAGAUGGUGAUAUACUUGGAAGCGUGUGAAUCUGGGAGCAUGUUUGAAGGACUUCUUCCAGAUGACAUAAACAUCUAUGCAACCACUGCUGCAAAUGCAGAGGAAGAUAGUUGGGCAUGUUACUGCUAUGAAGAUUAUAACGCUUGUUUGGGAGACCUCUACAGCGUUUCAUGGAUGGAAGACAGUGACAAGCAUGAUUCGACGAAAGAAACUCUGGAAAAACAAUAUGAACAUGUUCGCAAGAGAACAAUUAAGCCUCCAAAAAUGCAUUCUCACGUGAUGCAAUAUGGAGACAUGAGGAUGAGAAGUGAUUAUCUUGCGACAUACCUUGGUUCAAACCGUGAUGAAGUUUAUCAAAACUUCAAUCUCACCACCAACAAUAAUGCAAUUCCAUAUCAACCAUCCAGUGAUCCAUCAAGACUUAUUAGCCAACGAGAUGCUAAAUUAUUUUAUCUAAGGCAUAAGUUGGAAAAGGCUAUGGACGGUUCUAAUGAGAAGUUACAAGCCCAGAAAGAGUUAGAUGCUGAAAUGGCUCACAGGAAGCAUGUGGAUAAGAGUGUCAAUCUCAUAGGGAAUCUCUUGUUUGGAGAAGACAAAAGCUCCAACACCAUGGUUCAUGUUCGUCCGGCAGGGCAGCCUCUUGUUGAUGACUGGGAAUGUUUUAAGACGCUGAUGAAAACUUAUGAGAGGCAUUGCGGAGGCUUAUCAAGCUAUGGAAGGAAGUACACAAGGGCCUUUGCCAACAUGUGCAAUGCUGGAAUUUCUGAGAAGCAAUUGAUUGCAGCAUCAUUGCUAGCUUGUCCUGGGAAAAACCACGCUUCUUAAAUUCCUCCUCAGGAGAAGAAUGUAACAACCAAUAUAUUAAUAAAUUCCUCUUCAGGAAAAGAAAGUAAUAUAUAUUAAUAAAUUCGUCCACAGGAUGUAAUAGCUAAUAUAUUAAUAAAUCAACUGUUUUUCAAUUCUACAAAA